AUGGGGAGAGUUCAUCAAUCGUUGCUUUUGCUUGUUACCUUUCUCAUAGCUUUCUCGGCCUUAAUCGAGGGUCAAAAAACAUCAUUAGGGAAGUUUGAUUUACAAAAGGGUCAACCGGAAUCUGAGGGUAUCAAAGGUCGAUAUGUCAAUAAUCCUUUCAAUUCCGUUUACUAUCCUGAUUCCGGAGUUGGAUUCCCGGACAAGGGUAGUUCUAAAGAUGGGUGGACGAGGGUAAUCGGCGAGGAACCCGCUCUUUUUCUGCUGCACUUCUUACCAGGCUUAGGAUUCCCGUUUCCAUUCCCAUUCCCAGGUUUGGGAUUUCCAUUCCCAGGGUUGGCAUUCCCGUUCCCAGGCUUGGGAGCCCCGUUUCCGUUUCCGUUUCCGUUGGGAGGUUAUCCGCCGGGGGCUGGGUUUGGGUUUCCCGGCGGCGGUCCUGGUGGUUUUGGGUUUCCCGGCGGCGGUCCUGGUAAAGGUUUGGGCGGUGGUGGGGGAUUUGGGUUUCCCGGCGGCGGUCCUGGUAAAGGUUUGGGCGGUCGUGGGGGGUUUGGGUUUCCCAGCGGCGGUCCUGAUGGUUUUCUGGGUAAACAGGAGGCAGAGGGCAAAGAUGAGUUCAGAAGAAAUCCGUCUCCAUGA